AUGCGUGGCCAAUACGAUAAAGACUUUUUCACAAAGCUACCUUAUGUCAACAACGUACCUGCUACUGCACCAGAAUCUAGUAGCUUUCGAAAAUUGCUAGUCAAUACAUGUGGCGUUGAAUACAUGACAGGUCCUACCUGCUGCGACGAGUCGCAACUCGACAGUCUUGUUUCUCAAGUCAAACAAGCCAAAGCCAUUAUUGGCUCAUGCCCCGCUUGUUGGAAGAACUUUCUCCAGUUUUGGUGUUCAUUUACAUGCUCACCCAAUCAAUCAACGUUUGUCAAUAUCACAGCUGCUGAACCCACUAACGACAAUGACAUGUUUGCUGUAUCCAACGCAAAUUAUUGGGUGGGAGAUAAUUUUGGCACUCAGUUUUACGAUAGCUGCAAAGACAUCAAAUUUACAUCAAGCAACGACUUUGCUAUGGACUUGAUUGGCGGAGGAGCCAAAAAUUGGUAUGGUAUGGUGAGCUAUAUGGGAACAAAACGUCCAGGCCUAGGAAGUCCAUUUCAGAUUGAUUUCCCACCAUUGAAUCAGACGGGUCUUGAGCGUUAUGAUGCAGAUGGAAAAUCAUGCAAUGAUACAGAUCCCGAUUACCGUUGCGCUUGUGUAGAUUGUCAAGCUGUGUGCCCUGUUUUGCCUCCUACACCCAAGGAAGAACCCGAGUGCUAUAUCGGUCUCUUGAGAUGCUGGAGUUUCACCAUGCUGAUUACUUAUGCUACCAUUUUAGUGCUUUUUGUCAUCUUACUGGUCGCUAAAAACAAAAAAGCUGGACAAUGGUUACAGCGUUUUCUUGGUGUUGAUCUAGACCGUAUGGAGGCAAGAAGACUUUAUGAACGUUUAGUGAUAUCAGACGAUCAUGAUGAAGAUGCACUUGAAGAUGAAGACGACGAUGAGGCUAAUCAUUUGUUGGACCCUGACUAUACACCACGUCGAUACUGGCUUAAUUCUCGCCUACAAAACUGGUUUUAUUACCAAGGUCUCGUUUGUGCUCGCUAUCCUUGGGCUGUCAUCAUGACGUCGCUGGUCUUUGUGUCGAUAUGUUCACUUGGUUGGUCUCGCUUCUCCAUUGAGCGUAGUCCUAUCCAUUUAUGGGUCUCGCCUACAUCCACUGCACUAGCACAAAAAGCACACUUUGAUGAAAACUUUACGCCAUUCUAUCGAACGACCCAACUGUUUUUUGUCAAUGAGGCCGAUGCGCCUAUUGCAUCUGGUGAACGCUUAGAAAAUCUAUUCCGAUUGGAAGAUGAGAUCAGACAGUUGAAAUCACCCAGCGGUCAUACACUACAAGACAUCUGUUUCCAUCCAACGGGUGAUGCCUGUAUUAUUCAGUCUGUCACUGGUUAUUGGCAAAGUGAUAUUGAUAAUUAUGAUCCAGAUCAAUGGGAAAGCAAACUAGAAAAAUGUACAUCACAACCUUCGCUUUGUUUGCCUGAGUUCUUGCAGCCCCUUAAGCCAGAAAUGUUGUUGGGUGGUUAUCAAGAUCAGAAUUAUUUGACGGCAAGAGCAUUUGUCGUUACCUUUGUUCUCAGAAACUCAUUGAAUGCCACAGAAACUGCCAAAUCAGAACAAUGGGAAAAGGCAUUAUUGGCCAAUAUUUUGACGCAUGUUAACAAUCGUCCUGAAUGGGAAGGUGUUCGUAUCAGCUAUUCUACUGAAAGCUCACUUGAGACAGAACUAAACAAGUCCAGUAAUACCGAUGCAGGUACAGUGAUUAUCAGUUACCUUGUCAUGUUCAUCUAUGCUUCCAUUGCCCUGGGUCGACUUACUUCACUCAAUCCUCGUCGUCUUUUGAUUGAUUCUAAAUUUAGUCUUGGUAUCUGCGGUAUUUUGAUUGUCAUCUUUUCUGUCUCUUCUGCUGUUGGUAUUUUUUCAUUCACGGGCAAAAAAAUCACGUUGAUUAUUGCUGAAGUGAUUCCAUUCUUGGUUCUUGCAGUCGGUGUUGACAACAUCUUUAUCUUAUGCCACGAAUAUCAACGAAGAGUCGAAUUAGGCCAAGAUGAAUCGAUUGAAGAACGAGCAGCUAAGACAUUAGGUAAAAUGGGCCCUAGUAUCUUUUUGAGUUCACUCAGUGAAACCAUUGCGUUUGGGCUUGGUACACUGGUGACUAUGCCAGCUGUUAGCAGUUUUGCUAUUGUUGCCUCGAUUGCUGUGUUUAUCGAUUUCGUGUUACAAGUAACAUGCUUUGUAUCCUGCCUUGUAUUAGAUGCACACAGAACACAAAAUAAUCGUGUCGAUUGUGUUCCUUGCGUUCGUAUCAAGGCACCCGAAGUGAUUGAGAAAGAAGGCAUUUUACAACAAUUAGUCAAGUAUUAUUAUGUUCCUUUUAUUUUGAACCGAGUUGUGCGUUAUAUCGUCUGCUUUGUCUUUCUAGGCUUGUUUAUGGUUGGUGUGUCACUGGCACCUCAACUACCUAAGGGUUUAGACCAACGCAUUGCUUUACCCUCAGAUUCCUAUCUUGUGCCUUACUUUAAUGAUCUCGAUCAAUACUUUAAUGUAGGCCCUCCUGCUUACUUUGUUGUCAAGAAUGCCAAUCUGACACAACGUUCCGUACAACAAAAGAUCUGUGGACGAUUCCCUGGUUGUCAUGAGCGCUCUUUAGCAAACGUACUUGAACAAGAACGUAAACGCUCUGAAGUUUCGUUUAUUAAAGAACCCACCAGUGUCUGGUUUGAUGAUUUUAUGUAUUGGUUAAGUCCUGAUACAGGAUGUUGUCGACUCAAGAACAAGAACAUGUCACGCCGUCGUCUCAGUAACCUCGAAAGACCCUAUAGAGAGCAAAUGGAGCUAUGCGGUCCUUGGGAUGAUGAAGAGAAAUGCACAGACUGUAGUCCUCAUUGGGACGUGGCUAUGGACACUUUGCCUCAAGGACAGGCCUUUUUAGACUUCUUUGACUUAUGGAUCAACAUGGCUCCGGAUGAGGAUUGUCCCUUGGGUGGUAAAGCAGCCUAUGGCGAUGCUAUUGUACCUAGUCAUCAAAAUACCACGAUCCAAUCCUCUUAUUUCCGUACGUUCCAUACCCCUCUUCGUAGCCAAGACCAGUUCAUUGAUGCCUAUGCCUCAGCUCAACGUAUUGCAGAUGGGCUAAGCCAAGAACUCGAGUUGGAAGUCUAUCCUUAUUCAUUGUUUUAUGUGUACUUUGAACAGUACAUGUCGAUUGCGUCACUUGCGUUUGAAAUCUUGGGCUUGGCCAUCUUGUCUAUUUUUGUUGUGACGAGUUGUUUGCUUGGCAGUUUAAGAUGUGGCUUGAUUGUGAUGAGUGUGGUCGUAAUGAUAUUGGUGGAUGUCAUUGGCGUGAUGACACUCUGGGGUGUGAGUCUGAACGGUGUCAGUCUGGUCAAUUUGGUGAUUUGUGUGGGCAUCAGUGUUGAGUUCUGUUGUCAUAUUGCUCGCGGAUUUAUGGUGGCCAGUGGAAGCUGGGAAGAAAGAGCGGGUAAAAGUAUGGUAGAUGUUGGAAGUUCGGUAAGUACUUUUUUUUAUACAUAUUCCUUAUUGAACAUAUGA